AGGUUGGUCAUGUAAGUUGUGUAGCCCGAUAUUAGAAACAGUAGCACUAAUGUAUUUAAUGCAAAUUUGUUUUCCAAUUGGGUGGAAAGUAAUGCAGUGGGAAUAACUAAUGUUUGCUGUCUGCAUUUAUUUAUUACAGGUGAAAAAACUAAGUGCAUUGGGCUAUGUCCCAAUUCUAUUUUUCGCAAAGAAAGAUAAGGCCUCUGGAAAGUGGGUGUCUGAUGUGGUGACCCAUCUGCUACCCACUGAGGACAACCUAAAAAUUGUGGCCACCAUGAGAAAGGCCUACAAUUUUGUAUUGAUCAAAGAAGGGAACUCCACGACGACAUUGCCCGAUCCACACCCUCAGGCCCUGCCCGAUCCACACCCUCAGGCCCAGCCCGAUCCACACCCUCAGGCCCUGCCCGAUCCACACCCUCAGGCCCUGCCCGAUCCACACCCUCAGGCCCAGCCCGAUCCACACCCUCAGGCCCUGCUCGAUCCACACCCUCGAUCCACACCCUCAGGCCCUGCCCGAUCCACACCCUCAGGCCCUGCCCGAUCCACACCCUCAGGCCCAGCCCGAUCCACACCCUCAGGCCCUGCUCGAUCCACACCCUCGAUCCACACCCUCAG